CGUGUGAGGUAUUUCAUGUACCCUCAGGAAGCGUCGGCUCUCCGGGACAUCUGUGUUUGGGGCGUUGUGCAGGUGUUUGAACGCCGGUGCUGUGGGUGGGUGCGCUGGUGCGGCGGAUGGCGGGUUUUCAUGUGGGAUGGGGCGGAUCGUGCGCCGGGGCUGCGCUCGUCGCCUCCGGGUGCCGCCGGGCGGCCCGCGGGGAGGGCAGGGAGGCCGGGGAGGGGAGGCCCGCCCAGCCCCCGCCGCCCCGCUCCCGCUGUCAGUGCGAGGCGGGCCGGCCGCCCGCAGACACCUCCCUCCGCCGCCGCCUCCUCCCGCCCGGCGGCGGCAGCACCAGCGCAGCCUCCGCCGCCGCAGCGCCAUCGAUGGGGUCCGGCGGCCGCCGCCCUGGCCCUGCCCGAUGUGGACGAGUGUGCCCUGGGGCUCGAUGACUGCCACCCAGACGCGAUUUGUCAAAACACCCCCAAGCUGUACAAGUGCAUGUGCAAAGUUGGUUAUGCUGGUGAAGGGAAGAAAUGUGAAGACAUUGAUGAAUGUGAUAACGACUUCAAUGGAGGCUGCGUCCACGAGUGUUUCAACAUUCCAGGCAAUUACCGCUGUACUUGCUACGACGGCUUCAUGUUGGCUCACGAUGGCCACAACUGCCUGGAUACAGAUGAAUGCAUGUUCAACAACGGUGGCUGCCAGCAUGUUUGUGUCAACACUGUGGGGAGCUAUGAAUGUCGCUGUAAGGAAGGGUUCUUUCUAAGUGAUAACCAGCAUACGUGCAUCCACCGCUCAGAAGAAGGCAUGAGCUGCAUGAAUAAAGAUCAUGGCUGUGCCCACAUCUGCAGAGAAACACCCAAAGGAGGAGUUGCCUGUGAAUGCCGACCAGGAUUUGAACUGUCCAAGAACCAGAGGAGCUGUAUUUUAACAUGUAAUCAUGGAAAUGGUGGCUGCCAACAUACCUGUGAUGAUGCUGAUAAUGGGCCUGUUUGUGGAUGUCACCCCAAGUACAUCAUGCAUGUGGAUGGCAAAACCUGCCUGGAAAGGGAAGAGGCUGCUGUUGAAGUUUCUGAGGGAAACACUACAGCAGGAGCUGAUGUGGACAAGAGGGUGAAGCGACGGUUACUUAUGGAAACAUGCGCUGUAAAUAAUGGUGGCUGUGAUCGUACAUGUAAAGAUACAUCGACUGGAGUUCACUGCAGCUGUCCUGUUGGAUUCACACUGCAGUUUGAUGGGAAGACAUGUAAAGAUAUUGAUGAAUGCCAGUCCAAUAAUGGAGGCUGCGAUCAUUUCUGUAAAAACACUGUUGGCAGUUUUGAUUGCAGCUGCAGAAAAGGAUUUAAAUUAUUAACAGAUGAGAAGUCUUGUCAAGACAUUGAUGAGUGCUCUUUUGAACGGACGUGCGACCACACGUGCAUCAAUCAUCCAGGCACCUUUGAGUGUACUUGUAACAAAGGAUAUGCUCUCUAUGGCUUCACGCACUGUGGAGAUAUUAAUGAAUGUAGCGUCAACAAUGGUGGUUGCCAACAGCUGUGUGUGAAUACUCUGGGAGACUAUGAAUGCCUGUGUCACUCCAACUACAAAUUACACUGGAAUAAAAAGGAUUGUGUUGAGAUAAAGGGUCUCUUGCCUGAUAAUAUGUCACCCAAGGUAUUGCUGCACUGCAUUAAGAGUGGUGGGAGCGAUAGAUGCUUCUUAAGCUGCUCUUCGGAUGUCCAGGUAUUUUCUGGAACACAAGAUGCCUACAGCCUCACCUGUGGCAGGUCAUCUCAGCUUAAGAAAAAGCAGCAAAAUACAAAUGCAUCCAGCUGGCUGGAUACUUCAGCCAUCAAGAUAAGCGUAACUUUUAAAUUAAAUGAAGGAAAAUGUAGUUUGAAAAAAACUGAGAUGUUUCAAGAAGGUCUGGAACAGAUGAUACCAGAGAGACAUAAUUCCGUAAUGGAGAGCUUCCACUAUGUAAACCUAACGUGCAGCUCUGGCAAGAAAGUUCAUGGAGCCCUCAGUAGACUGACAGCUACUAGAGAAAUUUUUAUCACUGCGGACUUUGAGCUUGAAACGAGCCGAAAGGAGGUGACAGACACAUGUGAUGUGCGCUGUGCUCGGAAAAAGACUGAAAAGAGGUUCCGUAAAACCAUUCGAACCCUGCGGAAAACAGUCAACAGGGAUCAGUUCCGUGUUCGUGUCUCUGGCAUGGACCAUGAAGUGGCCAGGAAAUCUCUCAAGCUCUCGGAGCCGCAGCAGUCCUGUGGUGUAGGACAGAUGCACGUGGGUAACCGAUGUGAUCAGUGCUCACCAGGUGAAUAUUCUCCUGAUGGCUUCAAGCCCUGUCUGCCAUGUCCCCUUGGAACCUACCAGCCCGAAGCUGGGAGAGUAUCCUGCUUUCCUUGCGGAGGAGGUCUAACAACAAGACAUAGCGGUGCAUCUUUCUUUCAGGACUGUGAGACCAAAGUUCAGUGUUCACCUGGCCAUUUUUAUAAUACCACAACUCAUCGGUGUAUUCGCUGCACAGUUGGGACAUACCAGCCUGAGUUUGGACAAAAUUACUGCAUUUCAUGCCCUGGAAACACCACUACUGAUUUUGAUGGAUCAACAAAUGUAACACAGUGCAAAAAUAGGCACUGUGGAGGUGAACUGGGGGAUUACACUGGAUAUAUCGAAUCACCAAACUAUCCUGGGGACUACCCUGCAAACAGUGAGUGUACUUGGAAUAUUAACCCACCGCCAAAGCGCCGUAUUCUGAUUGUGGUUCCGGAAAUAUUUCUACCGAUAGAAGAUGAGUGUGGAGACUACCUGGUGAUGCGAAAAAGCUCUUCUUCCAACUCAGUGACCACGUAUGAAACCUGCCAAACCUACGAACGCCCUAUAGCUUUCACUUCUAGGUCUAAGAAGUUGUGGAUCCAGUUCAAGUCGAAUGAAGGGAACAGUGCCAAAGGAUUCCAAAUUCCCUAUGUAACGUAUGAUGAGGAUUAUCAAGAACUAAUAGAAGACAUUGUUCGGGAUGGUAGACUUUAUGCGUCUGAAAAUCAUCAAGAAAUACUUAAGGACAAGAAACUGAUAAAAGCGUUGUUUGAUGUGUUGGCGCAUCCACAGAACUACUUCAAGUACACAGCCCAAGAGUCAAGAGAGAUGUUCCCAAGAUCCUUCAUUCGGCUGCUGCGCUCUAAAGUUUCCAGAUUUUUGAGGCCUUACAAAUAGUUGGCACUGUACUUCAAAAAACUGACCAGCCCUGGCCAUGCACAGAGGGGUUGUGGUAGGUGGGGCUGCUUUCUGUGUUACACACACUGGCAGAGAAACUCCAGGGAAGCUUGCCAGGUCCGUUCUUGGCAGAGUUUGGCUUUCUUAGCUAAUAUAAAUAUUUUGAUGAACAGAAUUUUGAUUCCUUUCCAGAUAAUGCCUUUUGGGUACCACAGAUACUUCACGGAUCUCUGAAAUGAGUGAUGCCGAGCAGAAGUUUGUAAAGUUCUGCCCUGUUGCUUCAUCAGUAACUCUUAAAGCUAAUGACGACAGACAGGCUAAGUAGUGUGGUUUAGGAUGAACUCUGGGCUGCCGUUAAUACAUGUUACCUCAAGAAAGCUGGGUUCAUGUUUGGUCUCACUGAAAGUGAGAACAAGAUUGAUGUUUCUCUUAACUUUUGCUAUGCAGGAAAUACAGAGCUAAGAUUGAAGUAGUUUUAGUUUGAACCAGUGAAUCCAAGAAUUGCACAAGGUAUAAUUUUUCUCUGAACGACAUGUUGUAUGAGGCAUACAGAGAAAUAAGCAAAAGGUUGAAUAUUAGUUUGAAUGCUCUGGGUCUUGAUCACACUGUGUUUGUGCUAAUGACCUGUUGACUUAAAUUGACUGAUGCCAGAAUAAAACCAGGGCACCACAGUAAUGGAAAAGAGACCCUGACCUGCUGGACUCUCCCACUUUGGGCUGACUGCAAGUGUUACAACAGAGCAGAUUUGUUAUUAAAACCCAGUGCUCUCUCCCUGUGCAUAGGCCUGGGACAGCAUGAGGUGUUGGCUCUUCCAAGUAGUGUAAGAUGGUGUCCUCUGAGCACCUAGAGUUGAACACACAAGCCCAACUUUAAAUGCAGGCUUUGCAUAUAUUAUAUUCUUGCACAUUAUGAUUUAAACCUGUAUAAGGCUCUUAAAUGAGCCUUAAUUCUUAUGUUCCUUUACCUGUCUGAGCACCUUGCAAUGACCUUGUUGAGCAGAGAACAGCUGCUUUCGCUGACUUGCUGGAGAGAAGUAGAUGUGCAAAGAUAUUCCUCAACCAGACUGUGGCCACAAAAGUCAUCUAUGGUGAAAUGCUGCUCAAGAUUCCUAAAAUCUGGGUCCUUUUCCUCAGGUUGUGUUUCUUACAGGAGAGAAGGCUAUUCUGAAAGGGCCUGUAGGGAGCACUGUGUUGAUGAAAAUGUUUUUGUUAUCUCAGUGCUUUUCUUUCCACACUAAAAUUGCAUCACUGUCCUCUGGCCACACAAACUGUUUCAUGGGUGUAAUGUAUUUUUUGGGUGUUCUGUACUAAAGGGAGAUGGCCGCAGUCCCACUCAUUUGGAGAUGGACUCACAACCUCCAUCAUUUGGUGACUGGCAGCGCUGAGCGGUGCAGGGGCGGACCAGUCUUCUUCUGUGUGCCCCCUUAGGAAAGGUACUGAAAUUCUGCUGUGUAGCCAGAACGAAUGUUCCCUUUCUUAGGAUGUGGAGUCAGAUCUCCUUGGGGUUCAUUGCAUUGGUAUGUGGUAUUUAACUGUUGUAUGUGAAUAAUACCAUGUCCACAGUGUGACAGAUGAAACUCUCAUCAAGAACAGGGGUCUGAAUCUGUUCCCUGCACUGUUAGGAGCAAAUGAAACUGCCAAGCGCAGCCUUGCUGAACUGUCACACCAUGGCAGCCCUGUUUGGUGGCAUGUGAGGCAGUGCAGCCUGUCUUGUGGUGAGGACACGGUUUGAUUAUGGUGUGAUGGGGAGGGGCAGCAGCCUCAGGCCACAGCUGGGAGCAGAACCUCUCAGGAUGGGGUGAUGUGAUGCUGUAUUCCUCUUGCUACUGCCCAGAAAGAAUUGUGGUGGUCUGGGCAGAGGAGGGAAAUGGCUUGUGUUGCUGCCAAGAGAGAGAACAGUCCCUUGGCUGGCUGUACUGAGGCUCCUGCUCCAGUUCAAGAGCUGCAGGUGGGUUCCUGUAGCAGAGUGGUGAGUGCCCGUUCCUUGAACAGGGCUGCCAGGCCUGGAGCAAAGGGGAGAAAACAGGGUCGGUGGGGAGGAGGGAGGCAGGGGGGCAAUCAGCAGAACAAAAGGAAAGGUCCUCGAGCAUUCCUGGCUGGUGUGCAUCAUCCUGAGCAGGGGCUGUGAUGCCUUAGUGGGGAGACAAGACAGGAGUUAUCUGGAAAAAGGUAUGAAGCAGUGUGAUCAAUAAGAAUGGCUAAGAGAUGACAAAACAAUAGGAAGGGUGGUGAGACAGGCGUGCUAUGUAUGGUAAAGCGCACUGUUGUGGUGAGAUCCCAGGAAGGUAUUUCAAGAUACUUUCCCUCUGGCUGCACAGCCCCUACCUCUCUGCUGUUUGUGGCUUUCCUGUGCCAGAUGCCAUGUGUCAGUGAGUUGCAAUGACUCACCAACCAUCUCUGUGUGGCGAUGGAGCACUUUGAAAUGGGCGAGAUGCUGCAGAUCUGCUCGAGGGUGCAUGGGCAAGUUAGAGACAUGCUGGUGGGGCACUGGAAGGAGAGGACCAUGGUGUGCCAGCUUCUGGGCCAAGCCCAGCAGAGCAGCUUUGCUGUGAUCUGUGUGCUCUCUGCCAUGGGAAGCAACCCAGUUCUUGCUGUAUUUCCCCACUCAGAAGGCUGCAGAUAUGAACAGUUCUGUUUCGUGUUGCUGAACGACACAUGAAUCAGAGUGAUUGGUUUCGACAACAGUUCAAGAAAACAAAAGUUGUGAAACAUCCAUAUAUUUUUAAUUGAUUAAACUGGGAUUUCCUGCUCUGUGCAUGAGUUACUGACGUGAGCUCUGGGUUCAUUGCGCUGCACCUCGUCUCACAGGCAGUUCUGCAUGGCUGCUCCAGGACCAGCACCUCACCUUCAGUCUGUGCACUGGGUCUCAGCUUUGCUCCUCCAUCAUCCCCGUGUGCACAGGCCGUUCCCAUGGUGUCUGUGGAAGGAGAGGAGUGUGUCAGUGCACAGGCCUGGGCUGAGGAGAAAAACCUUGCCCUUCCUUUUGCUCCACAGCCCCGUUAGUUUUCUACAUAAAAAGUAAAUGACUCAGAAGCACUUCUGUUACCCUUGAUCUAACAUUAUUAAUCAAAAUUUCCCCUUUUACUGUGGAUCCUGUGUGUGCAGUAAAGAGUGAAGAGGGAAUUUUUUGCCAUCUUAAAUUUUGGGAGAAGUGAUAACUGUUGCAGAACAUUCUAACACUUGGCAUUGUAUCUUCAUAGCGAUGGUAGUGGCUCUGUAGAAAUGUUAAUUUCUACUUCCUGUGUGGUUGUAGAUGGAUGUUAUAUUUUGGCAACAAAUGACUGAAAAAGUGUUUAACCUUAUAAAACAGAAUUUAACUAUUGAAGUAAUUACUAGUGUUAACUGGAUGACUUAAUGUCACCUACAUAAGCAUAAGGAUCUCUUUCAUGAUUGUAAAUUAAUGUAAAAUGUUUCAGACUGUUACUCUUAAUAAGAGAAAUAAACCAGUGAACUUUUAGUUGCAUGAAAA